AUGCGGUUAUUUACGCUUUUCUCAGCCCUUCUAGGGCUGAUCUCCCUCGUCUCAGCCACAGACAAUGGCAAAACCACCGAUGUGACCUGGGAUAAGUACAGUCUCUCGGUCAAAGGCGAGCGAGUAUUCGUCUUCUCCGGCGAAUUCCACUACCAGCGCCUUCCCGUUCCAGAACUAUGGCUGGACGUGUUUCAAAAGCUUCGAUCAAAUGGCUUCAAUGCCGUUUCCAUUUACUUCUUCUGGAGCUACCAUUCCGCCUCGAAAGAUACCUUUGAUUUUGAAACUGGCGCUCACGACAUUCAGCGCGUCUUUGACUACGCUAAACAAGCAGGUUUGUAUAUCAUCGCUCGCGCAGGCCCUUAUAACAACGCUGAGACCUCCGCUGGCGGAUACGCUCUGUGGGCAUCGAACGGUCAAAUGGGCAGCACGCGCACAAGCGCCAGUUCGUACUAUGAUCUCUGGUACCCCUGGAUCCAAAGGGUUGGCAAGAUCAUCGCGGCGAACCAGAUCACCAAUGGAGGCCCUGUCAUCCUGAACCAGCAUGAGAACGAGUUGCAGGAGUUGACGCAUAGUGCGGACAACACGGUAGUCAAAUACAUGGAGCAGAUCAAGGCUGCGUUCGACGAAGCGGGUAUCGUUGUGCCGAGCACUCACAAUGAAAAGGGCAUGCGCUCCAUGAGCUGGUCAACAGAUUACCAGGACGUUGGCGGUGCUGUCAAUAUCUACGGUCUGGAUUCGUACCCUGGUGGUUUGUCCUGCACGAAUCCGAACACGGGCUUUAAUCUGGUUCGCACCUACUACCAAUGGUUCCAAAACUACUCGAGCUCUCAGCCGGAAUAUCUACCGGAGUUCGAGGGGGGCUGGUUCUCUGCCUGGGGUGGAACGUUCUACGAUCAGUGCUCGACGGAGCUUUCGCCUGAGUUUGCAGAUGUCUACUAUAAGAACAACAUUGGCUCUAAGGUUACCUUGCACAAUAUCUACAUGGUUAUGGGGGCUACAUCGUGGGGACACAGUGCUGCUCCUGUCGUCUAUACUUCUUACGAUUACUCCGCUCCUAUGCGGGAGACGCGGGAGAUUCGAGACAAGCUGAAGCAGACCAAGCUGAUAGGUCUGUUCACUCGUGUUUCGUCUGGUCUUUUGAAGACUGAGAUGGAAGGAAAUGGAACGGGUUAUACCAGUGAUGCUUCGAUCUAUACAUGGGCUUUGCGCAAUCCUGAUACGCAAGCGGGAUUCUACGUUCUCGCGCAUGCGACCAGUUCAUCCCGGGCUGUCACCAGUUUCUCGCUGAAUGCGAAUACCUCGGCUGGAGCAAUCACCAUUCCAGAUAUUGAACUCGCGGGCCGCCAGAGCAAGAUCAUCGUGACAGACUACCAGAUUGGCAAACAGUCAAGCCUUCUAUAUUCAUCCGCAGAGGUUCUGACUUACGCCAUCCUCGACGUGGACGUCAUUGUGUUGUACUUGAACAUUGGACAGAAAGGCGUGUUCGUUUUCAAGGAUGCGCCGACGAAGCUCACAUUCCAGACAUACGGCAACUCCAAUGUGAGCUCUGCUUCAUCGAAUCACGGCACACAGUACACGUAUACCCAAGGACAAGGCACGACCGUGCUCAAGUUCUCUAAUGGGGUGUUGGUUUACCUUCUCGAUAAAGAGACAGCGUGGAACUUCUUCGCAGUUCCCACGACCUCUGACCCGCUUGUAGACCCCAGCAAGCAGGUCAUCGCACUUGGGCCGUACCUGGUGCGGACAGCAGCUAUCAGUGGAAACACGGUCAGUCUCGUCGGUGACAAUGCAAACAAAACUUCUCUCGAGGUCUACACGGGCAACUCCAAGGUGACCAAGAUAAAGUGGAAUGGCAAGGAGAUAUCGACGAAGAAAACCGCUUACGGCAGCUUGAUCGGAUCAGCCCCGGGUGCCCAAGACGCCAAAAUCUCGCUCCCAGCCCUAAAGUCGUGGAAGGCCCAGGACACUCUCCCCGAGAUCCAGCCAUCCUACGAUGACUCCCGCUGGGUGGUCUGCAACAAGACCACCACCGUCAACGCCGUAAAGCCUCUGACCCUCCCAGUCCUGUACUCUGGAGACUACGGCUACCACGCCGGAACAAAGGUCUACCGCGGGCGAUUCAACGGCAGUGCAACGGGCGCCAACCUCACCGUCCAGAACGGCGUCGCCGCCGGCUGGGCAGCCUGGCUGAAUGGCGUCUACGUGGGCGGAGCCGUCGGCGACCCAGCCCUAGCCACCACCACAGCCUUGCUCUCCUUCAACAGCACCCUGAAAGGCGAGAAUGUACUGACAGUCGUCAUGGACUACACCGGGCACGAUCAAGACAACGUCAAGCCCAACGGCGCGCAGAACCCGCGCGGGAUCCUUGGCGCUCAACUGGUGGGCGGCAACUUCACCACCUGGCGCAUCCAAGGCAACGCCGGGGGUGAAUCUAACAUCGACCCGGUGCGCGGCCCGAUGAACGAAGGCGGCCUAUACGGCGAGCGCCUGGGUUGGCAUCUGCCCGGCUACAAGGCUUCGAAAACCGCCACCUCUGACAGCCCACUUGAUGGCGUGACGGGGGCGGGGGGACGAUUCUACACGACGACAUUCAAGCUCAAUCUUGACUCUGACCUUGACGUUCCGAUUGGACUGCAGCUGGAUGCAUUGGAAUCGCCGGCUGUGGUGCAGAUUUUCAUGAACGGGUACCAGUUCGGACACUACUUGCCGCACAUUGGACCACAGAGCAAGUUCCCGUUCCCGCCUGGGGUGAUCAAUAAUCGGGGGAGAAUACGCUUGCGAUUAGCGUGUGGGCUCUGA